AGGAAAAGGAAGAGGAGGAGGAAGAGGCUGGGCCAGGAUGGCGGCCCCCGUCUCGCCUGAGAGCUUGGAGGAGUCGCUGGACUGGCAGGAAGCAGGAUUUAAAACUGAAAAUGAAGAUGAUCUACAGUUUAUAUCUGUCAGCAAUCAACAAUUAGAUGAAGGUGCAACUUUUGUGAGAGUUAGAAAAUUUGGGAAAAGCAAAAAACCACGUUAUGACGGCUCCCUGGUUCAUUUGACCCAGCGAUUCAUGGAGCUUAUCAGAACUGCUCCACAAGGUGUUCUCGAUUUGAAUGAGGUUUCCCGUAAGCUGGGAGUGCGGAAACGAAGAGUGUACGAUAUCACAAAUGUGCUAGACGGAAUCCAUCUGAUUCAGAAAAGAUCCAAGAAUCAUAUUGAGUGGGUUGGAUCGGAUAUUAAGAAUAUCACUAGAAGGACACCAGAGCAGCAAAAGUUACGAGAUGAAAUUUAUGAUUUGACAGCAAUGGAAGAGGCACUGGAUGAAUUAAUCAAGGACUGUGCUCACCAAUUGUUUGAUUUAACAGAUGAUAAAGAAAACUCAAGACUAGCUUACGUGACCUAUCAAGAUAUUCGUAGCAUUGAGGCAUUUCAAGACCAGAUUAUUAUUGCCAUUAAAGCGCCUGAAGAAACCAGAAUGGAGGUGCCACCCCCUAAAAUGAACUGUAUAGAAGUCCGCAUAAAGAGUACAAAGGGUCCUGUUGAUGUUUUUCUAUGUGAGGUGCCACAACAAAAGCCGGAAGCUGAUGCUUUGGAAAAGUGAGCAACAUGAGAAAUUGACAGCGUAUUUGUACUGCUAAAAUACUUGAUUUCUGAACUUCAGCUUCAUGGACCUCACCGGUUUUAAUUCCUCAUCAGCCUGCACAAAGAGGAGAAAUGUUUGCCAUGCCUGCAUUAAAGAGACCAAGAGGAGUCUGGAAUUACAAGAAUCCUCUCCACAUCAAGCUUAUCACCUAUCUUCAGUAAAGGGACAUCUUUCCUUAGACUACUUUUCCCAUAAAGGGUUGUUUUGCUUUGGUUCAUUCCCACCAACCAAAUGGCAGUGACAGAACUGCAGUUCUACUAUGUAAGGCAACCUUAAGUGACGUUCCCAAAUCAUAGCUUGGUUUUGUCCUUUGUAUAAGCUUGAACAUAUAUACGAGAUCCCUAUGUCCAGCGGUUCUCAACCUGUGUCCCCCCCCAGGUGUUUUGGCCUACAAUUCCCAGAAAUCCCAGCCAGUUUACCAGCUGUUAGGAUUUCUGGGAGUUGAAGGCCAAAAUAUCUGAGGACCCACAGGUUGAGAACCACUGUCCUAGUCUAUUUCCUGUGUGUUGCCGCUUAAUAAGUGAAAGUGGCAAUAAAUAAAUUUGCAGUUAUGGUUUAGCUUUCGAAACUGAAUCUGAAGCCAAAUGUACUCAGAAAGGGACAGCUUUUGAAGAAAUGCACUUUUAUUCUGAAGCAGCACUUCUGCCAGGCAGAAUUAUAUUAAAAAAUUGGGAGAUGAGAGGCCCUGCACUCAGAUAGAUUAGGAAAAAAAAACUAUGCACUAUAUCAUAGGUGUUCAUAUGAGUGGCAUUAAACUCAGUUUGGAAUCAUGGCUGUUAAGUUUUGAAGAAACUGAAAUUGCUUGGGUCAUGUGUAUAUGUGUGUGCAUAUGUAUAUAUUGUGUAUCAUGUUUAAAUGGUCACUAAUGGAAAUCUUGGCAGUGUGAGCAGCACACUUGCCUCUGUACAGAAAAAAUAAACGUAAACUUGUAAAUAUUAA